GGGGCGGGGCGACUAGCCUUGCACUCGGGUCACGCGCGGCCGGAAGUGCUGCCGGACGCGGAUUAGUCGAAAUGGGGACCUCCCUGGACAUUAAGAUUAAGAGGGCGAACAAGGUUUAUCACGCCGGGGAAGUGCUCUCGGGUGUGGUGGUCAUAUCUAGCAAGGAUUCAAUCCAGCACCAGGGAGUGUCGCUGACAGUGGAAGGAAGUGUGAACCUCCAGCUCAGCGCCAAGAGCGUGGGUGUGUUCGAGGCUUUCUACAACUCUGUCAAGCCCCCCCCCAUUAUCAACAGUACCAUCGAAAUGGUGAAGCCAGGAAAAUUUCCCAGCGGCAAAACAGAAAUUCCUUUUGAGUUUCCCCUGCACGUGAAGGGCAACAAAGUCCUGUACGAGACGUACCACGGCGUGUUUGUCAACAUUCAGUAUACCCUGCGCUGUGACAUGAGGCGGUCUCUGUUGGCCAAGGACUUGACAAAGACCUGCGAGUUCAUCGUUCACUCUGCUCCUCAGAAGGGGAAGCUGACGCCAAGCCCCGUGGACUUCACCAUCACGCCCGAAACCUUGCAGAACGUCCGAGAGAGAGCCCUGCUCCCCAAGUUUCUCAUCCGAGGCCAUCUCAACUCAACCAACUGUGUCAUCACACAGCCGCUGACGGGUGAGCUGGUGGUAGAGAGCUCGGAGGCCGCCAUCCGGAGCAUAGAGCUGCAGCUGGUCCGCGUGGAGACGUGCGGGUGUGCAGAAGGAUACGCCCGGGACGCCACGGAGAUUCAGAAUAUUCAGAUCGCUGACGGAGACGUUUGUCGCAGCCUGUCCGUCCCCAUAUACAUGGUCUUCCCCCGGCUGUUCACCUGCCCUACGCUGGAGACCACCAACUUCAAAGUGGAAUUUGAGGUUAACAUUGUUGUACUUCUCCACCCUGAUCACCUCAUCACCGAGAACUUUCCACUGAAGCUGUGCAGGAUGUAGCCCAGGAGUGGGCGGCGUGGAGGGCGAGAGCCACCAGGCGGAAGUGCAGAGGGGAGCGGGCUCCUGGCAUCGUGUGCUGACGUUCUCGAUGCUUCUGUGUCAGAAAUGAAGCUGCCCCCCCUCCCCCCCCGCACCACAAUCACCAUCGUUCCUCAUUUCCUUGAGGUACUGCGUCCAGUGGGCGCCACGUGUCACACCAUUUCUUUAAGACUCAUGUGGACUCCGUUGCCUUUGGCAAAGCUUCCUGGGACUCCUGACUUCACCGCCCCCUUCAGAGGCAGGAAAGCUGUAACAGCAGUUUGCGCUCGGCGGGAAAGUGCGAUCACAGGGACCAAGGAGGAGACCCUCGGCACCGAAGACUCCGCGGCAAAGCAGCCGUGCAGGGUGGUGACGGGCGCGCCGCGGUGUAUGAUGUUUGCGGAUCAUCCGCGCGCGGCUGCAAGGCCGCAUCCUCUAAACCCAUGUAAUGUUUUCCCCCGACUCUGCUCUGUAGUCCUUUUAUAACAUUUUUCAUGCUAACUUCAAAGCGUUGAGGGAACUGGAAUAAAAGCGUCCCUUCCGGUCACAGGAGGAGAAGA